AUGGCUACUGUGACUAAAACGAUCGUCGCGACGGGCGUUUCCUCCGGCCUAGGCUUUGAGGUCAUCAAGCAGCUCCUGCUCGCCCAGCACUUACCCGCCCCGACGGUCUUCCCUCCCAAGGCAGCAUACAACAUCAUCCUCGGAGCGCGUGACGUUACUAACACCCGCGCUGCAUUCGACGGACUCGGGUAUGACGCAGCGCGCCAUCAAGUGACGGUGCUGCCGUUGGAACUGUCGGACCUGAAGGGGACGAAGGUGUUUGCGAGUGAGGUGUUGAGUUUGCUUGGUGCUGGCGAGAAGAAAAAGUUGGACUUUCUGUUGCUGAAUGCCGCUAUUUCGGGAAGCGGGCAGAAAACGGGGCCGUGGGGAUGGAAUGAAGGAUUGACCGUCAAUCAUUUCUCCCAGCACUACCUGACGCAUCUACUACGCGAGAAGUUGAUCGAGUCCAAGUCGAGAGUAGUAGUAGUGUCGUCCGGAGCGGUCCGUAAUGUGCCCGAUACAGGGGUUCUCGAGAAGGAGCUCCAGGCCGGCUCGGGCGUCGAGCCCAUGACGACAUACUGCCAAACCAAAUUUGUGCAGCUUCUUGGCGCCCACUGGUGGCGGCGGCAACUGCAGGGCCAGGUUGAGGUCGUCGCCGUCUCGCCGGGCUUUAUCCCGGGCACUGGGCUUGGUCGGGGUUCCGGGGUCACGAUACCGCCUUCGCUGCCAGAUGCGAAGUCGGUUCCUGAAGGCGCCCAAAGCAUCCUCAAUGCGUUCACGCGCGAUGAUAUUCCGGAGGACCCGGAGCAGAUCUUCCUCACUAGCUGGGGGGAGUGGUGGCCUAAGGACGUCUAUGGGCCGACGCUUGACAAAGCGCUCCAGGACAAGUGGUCACCAAGCCGUGAGGAAAUUGAGGAAGAAGCUGGGCUGUCCGACUGA